AUGAGUUCAACUAAUUUAAGAAUGGCAUUAAUUACUGGUGGAUCAAGUGGAAUUGGAUAUCAUUUAGCACGAUUAUUUGCUGCUGAUAAAUAUGGAGUUAUUCUUGUUGCACGUACUGAAUCUGAUCUCGAAAAAGUUGCAGAAGAAUUAACAGUAAAAUAUCAUUGUCCACAAGUAAUUACCAUUGCAAAAGAUCUGUCAAAAGUUGGUUCUGCUCAAGAACUUUUUAAAGAAAUAAAAGAACGUUAUAAAUUACCUAUUGAUUAUUUAAUUAAUAAUGCUGGAGUUGGUCUUCGUGGAACUGUUUGGGAAACAGAUAUUCAAAAAGAUAUUGAUAUGAUUCAUUUAAAUAUAACUUCAUUAGUUGAAUUAACAAAACUUGUUUUACCGGAAAUGAUUGAAAGAAAUGAAGGAAAAAUUUUAAUGCUCGGAAGUAUUGCAUCAUUUCAACCAAAUCCAUUAUUAGCUUGUUAUGCUGCUACCAAAGCAUUUAUUGCCAAUUAUACAGAUGCACUCAUCGAAGAAUUGAAACAUACCAAUGUUACUGCAACAUUACUCGUACCAGGAAUUACUGAUACAGAUUUUUUCAAUAAAGCUGAGGCAAGUGAAACAAAAGCAAACAAAACAGAUACUGCUGAUGAUCCAGCAGAUGUUGCUCAACGUGGUUAUGAUGCUCUUAUGAAAGGUGACCAUCGAGUUUAUGGAUCAACAAAAGUUAAAGUGAUGGUUGGUGUUGGUCAUAUCAUUCCAAAUGAACUUAUUACGAAAGCAACAAAGACUUUUAUGAAAGAAGAUAAAUAA